AGGAAAAUUGAAUCUAGGUCUAGUUUCAGCAGACUCUUGGCUUUGAACCAAAAGGCCGGUUUUGCAGAUAAGAAGGUGAUAAUUUGUGUACAAUGUUUCAAUCAGUUUGUUGUCUAUUCCAUGCCGCUGAAAUCCUGUCAUUUAUCAGGGGCACCCAAAGAUGGUUUCCUUCCUAAAUACAUUGAAAACACUUGUUAGGCUAUCCAGAGUACGUUAAGAUAUCUAGAAAUGCAUUCUGAGCGGCGCUAUAAAAUUUGUAUCAGUUCAGUCAUCCUAGGGCAACUUGUGUCUUUUCGAAAUUACAAGGGCUUGAGUAUUAUUUUUCUGAAAUUUGACAUAUUACGAAAGUCGUGAGACAUUUUCUGAUUCCUAACGCCAUCACAUUUUUGAAUCCGAAAAUUUUAGGUUCGCUUUUUUUUUCUACGAAAAAUAGCCUAACUUGGGAAGUUAUAGUAUGAAAAUUAAACUUCAGAAAAUCGUAGGGAAUUUAUAAGAUAAGUCGAAAAUUGUACAUGAAUGGAACAAUCAUCUAGAAAUAUUUAGUCGUCCUCAAGUAAUAGAAAAUUCUAUAUUAGACCGCGAAAAAGCACACUUUUGCUAACUAUUAUAAGUUGUUAUGUGAGCCCUUACCAAGCACUUUUUGGCUGCAUUUAACUUAACUUAAAAAUUUCAAGACUGAAAUGACACCGGUUUGAAACUUUUAUACGAAGUCAGAUUACGGAAUAAAUGUUUUAAAAUUUACGUCAUUUAUACUAAGAGACGAGCUAUCCGUCUAGACGGAUUAUCCGUCAGACGGAUAAUUCGUCUAAGUAUAAAUCCAAAGACCAAUUUUGCUCCAUAAUUCGUCUAGAUAUUUUACGCUGGUUACACGACGGGUGUUUCAGUGUUGAGGAGCCAAGUUGCGAAAAUAUACAAACCAGUCCCUCUCGUGUGGAAACUUCGUCAAAAAACCGUCUACGUUCCGUCUAGAUAUAAAUUUAGAGACAAAUAAUCCGUCUAAGACGAAUUAUCCGUCUGUUAGCACGUCUUGAAGACGUGAUAACAGACGAAUCAGCCUCAGACGACUUUUUCUCCAUAAUUCGUCUUAGCUUCGAAUUUAUACUAGAGACGAAUUAUCCGUCUGGGACGGAUAAUUCGUCUAUAGUAUAAAUUCGGCCAUUAUGAAAUAUGGACUCGUUGAAAUCGGCUUUUAUAUUAGGGACCACUAACUUACUGCCCGGCGCAGUUAAAGGCUUUUAAUCGGCCUAGCUUUGAGGUGUAAAGUGAUCAAUUGGUGCAACACUAAAUAUUUAAGACAACAAAGGUUACGAUUUAAUCAAAAUGAAGCAUAGGAAAAAUUACUACGUCGCUGACGUUUUUCUGUAAUUGAAACCUGUGACCUUAUUUUUUUUUAUAUGUCUUUCUCUUUUUCUAUUACAGAAAACGUUUCUCUACGAUGAGGCCCUUUGGAGCAACAAGGAAACCUUUAACGUUAUUGGAGGGAAGACUGGAUUUGACGACCAUGAAACGAAGCUUCCCACCUACUGGAACACAUCCUUCACCAAGAUCUGCCUCGGUAUGAAGAUCAAUGACAACCAGCCCAAGUUUAUUGUUAUCAACCAGCAGGCCAACUCCUUGUACUCUCUGAUCGCUGAUGGGCAAUACCGCAACACCUUGCUGGGUCGUGACACGUGGAAGUCGCUGAUUGGUUCUAAAGCCUCCUUGCAGUACAACUGUAACAAGGAAGGGUUCAAUGCUGUUGGUGGUAGUAGUCGUCAUUCCAAAGCAAGAAUCGGUAUCAUUAGUAACCAGCAAAACAGUUGCGCCUCUUGCGACUCUAGAAUUGGAUUUGGCACUGGUGGAUUGCACGACAACAGCAACUCAUGUGGAAACGAGGCUACACAUGAGUCAGAUAAUCGCGAUAAGCAUAUUAAGACAAUGGGAUACAUUUUAGUGCAGUAA